AGCAGCGAGUUGCAGUGAAACGCAACGACUGAAGAGAGUGGAGGAGAGGAGGAAGGAGGAUGAUGGGAGCUAAUAUUAUUCCAUCUAAGUGACCCACAUCUUAACAGUACACCCAGAGAUAUUAUCUAAGCGAGGAUUUUUCUCCACUAAAGAUGUCUGCGUCGGCGAUAUUUAUCCUCGACCUGAAGGGAAAGGUCCUGAUCUGCCGUAACUACAUGGGGAACAUGGACAUGAAUGAGAUUGACCACUUCAUGCCCAUCCUGAUGAAGACAGAGGAAGAGGCUGAGAUGACACCACUGGUCACCCAUGGCUCCUCACACUUCCUGUGGAUCAAACACAGCAACCUUUACUUGGUGGCCAUGACUAAGAAGAACGCCAACGCUGCACUGGUGUACUCAUUCCUUUAUAAAAUUGUCCAGGUAUUUAAGGAGUACUUUAAGGAGCUUGAGGAGGAGAGUAUUCGUGACAACUUUGUGACAGUGUACGAGCUGAUGGAUGAAGUGAUGGACUUUGGUUUCCCUCAGACAACGGACAGCAAGAUCCUACAAGAGUACAUCACCCAACAGGGUCAUAAAUUAGAGGUCGGGGCUAUUCGACCUCCUGCCACUGUCACCAACGCUGUGUCAUGGCGGUCAGAGGGCAUCAAGUACAGGAAGAAUGAGGUUUUCAUGGAUGUCAUCGAGUCAGUAAAUCUACUGGUGAGUGCCAAUGGCAGUGUCCUGCGCAGUGAAAUCGUGGGUAGCAUUAAGCUCAAAGUGGUCCUGUCAGGGAUGCCUGAACUCAGACUGGGCCUCAACGACAAAGUGCUGUUUGAAAUCACAGGCAGAGAGAAGAGUAAGACAGUGGAGCUGGAGGAUGUGAAGUUUCAUCAGUGUGUCCGUCUGUCACGCUUCGAGAACGACCGCACCAUCUCUUUCAUCCCCCCCGACGGCGAGAGCGAGCUCAUGUCCUACCGCCUCAACACUACAGUGAAGCCUCUCAUAUGGAUCGAGAGCGUGAUUGAGAAGUUCUCUCACAGUCGUGUGGAGAUCAAGGUGAAGGCUCGGAGUCAGUUUAAGAGCCGGUCCACUGCCAACAAUGUGUCCAUUCUAGUGCCAGUGCCCAGUGAUGCUGACUCACCCAAGUUCAAGACCAGCACGGGCAGCGCCAAGUGGGUGCCCGAGAAGAGCGUGGUGCAGUGGAACAUCAAGUCUUUCCCUGGUGGUAAGGAGUACAUGAUGCGGGCACACUUUGGGCUACCCAGUGUGGAGAGUGAUGAGCUCGAGGGAAAGAGACCAAUCACAGUUAACUUUGAGAUACCAUAUUUCACUGUGUCUGGGAUUCAGGUACGCUACCUGAAAAUCAUAGAGAAGAGUGGUUACCAGGCAUUGCCGUGGGUGCGCUACAUCACACAAAGUGGAGAUUACCAGCUCCGGACAAACUAAAGGGCGCAGAUGCUGCUAGACGAAUGGAUAUUUUCUCUUCUGUCUGUCUUCCCCUCCUCUCCUCGCUCCUCUCUGUUUCUCCCCGUCUGCACGGGACAGCAGAGGACAAGCGCAGGAGGACACAAGAAAUUUCCCCCCUCUCAGAACAGAAACAAGACAUUAUCCCUUUCUCCAAGACACGCUCACCUCUAACGGGAAAGGCUUUUACAUCACCUCUGACUUUUUUUUUUUUUUUUUUAAGCGUUCCUCAGGACUCCAGCAUAACGUUUUAAUAUGUGAAUAAUGAACUGAUAACUUCAUGAUACUGUCUGCUUUUGGCAAGCUCUCAUUUUCUCACUUUAAAUGCAAUAUCUCUCGAGGUUAAUUUAGAGCAGAAUUUGGGGAACAAAACAUCAUUUUAAAAUCUCAUUUUCCUUGAACUAUUCAGAUAUAACAUUUGAAGCAUCAUCUAUUUUGGGUACUCAGCUUGUCCAAUAAGUUGUGUGACUUUCUUAUGUGUAACAUGUAAACCAACAUAUUUUACAGUUUAGUGCCAAUAUACAGUAACUGUGAUGGGUCAAUGUCAGUUUUUAUUUCUCAAGAGGACAUAAUAUUGCACACACAAAACCGUAAUUUUCUCAAAUUUGGCAAAACCAAUUUUUCUAAACCACUACACCACAUCUCUACACAUCCGUCAACUUAUGUAACUAAGAGGGAUCUUAGUCUUUAUAGGUAUUGUCCUUAAUAUCCACUUCAUUAUAUGUAUACAUUUUAACUUAGCUGAUCCUCAUCCCUCUCAAAGGCAUAUGUUUUACUGGAACCUCUAUAUUGUACGGUCAUUGCCUUAAAAAAUUGCCUAUGUAUCAUUACCUUUAGCACUGUGAACAUAAUCCCCAGUGCACUGAAACUAACACGAGCGACCAGAUCAAUGAUUAAUAAGGCACAAUAUUGUCUGAGGCGUUGGCAGUGUAACAUAAUACCGUCGACACACUCUCAUGGGGCCUGUAACCUUGUCCUUGUGCUCGAAAUCAGCUUGCAGCUUUGAGGCAGAGACUGAAGGAAUGAGCACGGUACAGAAUAUUUUGUCAUAUUUUUCCCUGUUGUUUAUACUGUACUUGUUAGUCCCCUGUGGAAAAUGCUUCAAAGGACAAGAAAAGACGGUUGAGGAGGGGGGGGGGGGGAGGUGAGAUAGGACAAAGGUAAAAUAACCUGAAGGGAUUUCUUUGCAGAAUCUGUGAAUAUUGACAAUAUGUUGACGUAGUUGUUUUUCCCUGACUCUUUAUUUUUUAUAUGUCGACCUCUGCAGGCCUCUAUACUUCUUCAAAGCAGUUUAUGGUGUAAUUCAUUCCCUCUCUUGUGCGUGCAUUGCACCACUCACACAUCAGUUCAGCUGCAUUGCCAAUAGCACAGACGAGAGUUGAUUUAUUGCAUCUCUGCUGUUAAAUACAUAACUCUCUAUUACAAUCAUUCCAUUAUCUUGUGUGGGGACAUAUUUCGAACACCAAUGAGGUUUUUAAUAAUUCUGUGUUAUCAUGUGUUUUCAUUAAUUUAUCAACUACUGUUUGUCUAUAGGAAGCAAAGGGAUAUAUUUGGAAAUAAAAACAUGUUUUGUAUCUUG